GCGUUGCAUGCGACUUGCAUGAAAUGUUGCCGCCCUGGCUCUCGUCCCUCUUCUUUGCUUUAUGGCUCGUCAGUCUCGUCCAGGGCUCAGCGCUGACCACCGCAAUCGGUGCGAAUGAGCGGCUCUGCUUCUAUGCCGACGUGGACAAGGCCGGGGAGAAGAUAGGCUUCUACUUUGCAGUCCAAUCCGGCGGCUCCUUCGACAUCGACUACGAAGUCCGCGACCCGAACGACAAGGUCCUCCUCGACGGCCUGCGCGAGCGCCAGGGCGACUACGUCUUCACCGCCAACACCGUCGGCGAAUACUCCUUCUGCUUCGAGAACGACAUGUCCACGCUCACCGAGAAGCUCGUCGACUUUGACAUCAUGGUCGAGAGCGAGCCGCGCCGCGAGGCCAGCGCCAAGCCCGGCCAGGUCGCCGACCACACCAGCGCGCUCGAGGAGAGCAUAUUCAGGCUGAACGGGCUGCUGAUGAGUAUCAAGCGCAUGCAGAGAUAUUUCCACACGCGCGAAGCACGCGGAUUCUCAAUCGUGAAAUCCAUACAAAACCGCCUCUUUUGGUACGCCGUGCUCGAGUCCCUAGGCGUCAUCGCCAUGGCAGUAUUCCAAGUCUACAUCCUCCAAACGUUCUUCACGAAAACUGGCCGGCGGUACAAGGUAUAACAUCACCGACUGCGUGAGCGAGGGACGCCUGCUGGCCAGGAGCACGAUACGGAUACCGCUAAUGGGUCGCUAAUGUAUUCUGAGGACAAUUACUUAUUACUCUUCCUCUGGGAUUGCUGGUUCCGC